AUGCAAGAGUCAGUAUUUACCAUAUUAGCAAAUGCUUCUUAAAUAUUAAAGAUAAUUUAAAAGAAUAUUUAUCAAAAGAAAAAAGAUAAUAAAUAAUAUUAGCACAUAAAAAAGCAAAUAGUAAAAAUGGUUGACGCUGCUAACGCUGUUCCUAGAAGAUUCAGACUCCAUGAAGAACUUGAACAUGGUGAAAAGGGUAUUGGUGAUGGAACUGUUUCUUAUGGUCUUGAUAAUCCUGAAGAUAUGACCCUUACCAAUUGGAAUGGUACUAUUCUAGGACCUUACAAUACUGCUUUUGAUGGAAGAAUUUACUCCCUCAAGAUUAUUUGUGGACCUAACUAUCCCAACGUUGCUCCUGAAGUUAAAUUUGUAAGCAGAAUCAACCUUCCUUGCGUAGACCAAAAUAAUGGAAAGAUUGAUAUCAACAAGUUCCCCAUCUUGAAGAACUGGGUUUCUAAAUAUACUCUCGAAAAUGUUUUGGUUGCUCUUAAAAACGAAAUGAACAGCAGUGCUAAUAAAAAGCUUAAGCAACCUGAUGAAGGAGCUACCUACUGA